CUACCCGGCACAAGCACACACCGACACUGACACACACUGUAUGGAGACGUUUUAGAACGAUAAGUUAAGUGAAUAGCUACGGUUGUGCAUUCAACGGUAGCUGUGCAGGUUUAUGAUUUCGUAUAUGAUAUUAUUCGACCACCUACAGAGAUAGUUACCUACUUAGCGUGAUUGCUAAGUUUAAAGAGCUCAGUUGAUGGCUCACUAGCUAUUCGUAGCUAACGUUUAACUAGGUAACGUUAGCUGAUGUUACUAGAGAAUAUUAAUUACUGGAGUACCAAUUCUGCGUUAAGACAAAAGGAUCCCAACUUGACACAUUCCCGUUCGUAGACGAAAGGAAGGAUACUGAAGGGGACAGUCACUUGGGGGUUAUUCGUCCAGAGUACAGAUAGCUGUUGAAACAUGGACAGCUCCUACGUAUAAGUUACAGUUCCAUCUGGCUGAUUUUUAUCAGGGAGCCAUGCCGUCAGUGAUGGAGCGAGCUGGGUCCGGUGUGUUGUCCCGUAGCAGAGCCAAAACGGUCACCAACGGUAGCAGCCAGCUUUAUGAGGAAGAGAGCAGUGACGAGGAGCACUCACAUGAUAGCAUGAUUCGGGUUGGAGGGGACUACCAGGCCCAGAUUCCAGAGUUUAAACCAGACAGCCCAGCUCGCUACAAUGAGAAGAACCAGAAGAGCAUGUUAGUCUGGUCUCCGAAUGUCCAGGUUUCUGACGCCAAGUUGGACGAGUACAUUCUGAUGGCGAAGGAGAAGCACGGCUACAAUAUGGAACAAGCUCUUGGCAUGCUGCUGUGGCACAAGCACGAUGUGGAGAAGUCCCUGGCUGACCUGGCCAACUUCACGCCCUUCCCUGAGGAGUGGACGGUGGAGGACAAAGUGCUGUUUGAGCAGGCCUUCAGCUUCCAUGGGAAGAGCUUCCACCGCAUACAGCAGAUGUUGCCAGACAAGCUAAUCUCCAGCCUGGUGAAGUACUAUUAUUCCUGGAAGAAAACUCGAACCCGUACCAGUGUGAUGGACAGACAGGCACGGCGCUUGGUUAGCAAAAGGGAGAAGGACGACAGCAAUGACGACAUGGAGGAAGCAGACCCAGGGAGCGACAGUGACUUUGAAGUUGACACCAAGAAAGAGACCCUGAAACAGAGUGCAAGCAGUGGAGGAGUGGGCGAGAAGGCCGUAUCUGGGAGAUCUGGCCCAGUCCGGAAGGAAAACCAGGGGAGUCAGUAUCGCCACCAUCCCCUGCGAGCUCGCCGGCGCCCCCCGAAGGGCAUGCACCUCAUCCAAGAGGACAUCACGGCUGUCUCCACCUCCCCAGAUGCAGGAUCCCUAUCAAUACGACAGCUGGACACCCAGCUGGUGUCGCUGAAGAGACGGGUGCAGAGCGUCAAGCAGGUGAACAGCAGUUUGAAGAAGGGCCUGGAUGGAGGGAUCGAUGCUUUGCGUCCCUCUGAGACUGCAGCCAAGAUCAACUCCCGCUGGACCACCGAGGAGCAGCUCCUGGCUGUGCAGGCCAUCAGGCGAUACGGUAAAGACCUGGCCGCCAUCGCAGACGUGAUCGGGAACAAGACCGUCUCCCAGGUCAGCUCCUUCUUUGUGAGCUACCGGCGACGCUUCAACCUGGAGGAGGUGCUCCGGGAGUGGCAGGCAGAACAGGAAGUCCUCCAUGGGCAUGCUGGGAGCCCAGAAGACAUGAAGGGCCUCGCUGAGGCAGGAGGAGAGAUGUCAGAGGGCACCGAGGAGGACGAGGACCAGGAUGGUGGAGUGCCCCCUCUCUCCGAAACUGGGACCUCCCCUUCUAACAGUACCAGCACCACCAGUACCUCCACCUCAAGCCAAAUCCCCCCUCCCCUGUCCCAGCCUCCCCCGCUGCUGCGCCCGGCUCCGCCCCUGGCCCCACCCAGCCUGCUCCGCCAGCCUCCACCCCUGCAGACCCGUCCCCUCCAGAGCCGUGCCCACCACAACCACCCGCCUCCACCACUCAUUCGUCCUGCGGUCACCUCCACCCUCCACCAGGGGGCGCGAAACUCGCUGGGCUCCAGCCUGAGUUCUUCCCCCUCCCCCGCGGGUCAGCAUCCACCCUCCCUGCUGGGUCUGAAAGUGGAGCCCCCCCUUUCUCACUGAGGAGGGGGGUGUGGACGCGCUACCUCCAGGACUGAGGCGAGAGAAUGGCGAUACAGAGGAGAACAGACAUUAAGGCAGCGGCAGUAACACCACUGUCUGGGCAUGGUAGCAUUGUUCUCUAGUACCCAUCCACUACGUCCUCCAUUCUACGGCUGGGUCUGCUAAUGCUGUCCAUGCUCUUCUCCCCAUGCUCCAUACUGGAACCCCACCGCUACACCACAAGGGGAACUUCCCUCCCUCACAACUGUUGCCUCCUGACACUAUCCAUGACAAACCACUGAGCUGCAGGAUUGGCUGAACAUUCGAUCCUGGUCUCCAGGGCAAAUGGCAGAACACGCCUACGCAUCCGUUGCCAUGGCAACAACGGAUACAGGUUCCUUCUCUACUCAUAACCAAUACCCCCUGUGGCCCCUGAACCCUCUCCCACCCAUCCCCCAUAUUAAAGAACCAAAAUGCAUAAAUGGAAAUAUACACUGGAUGUCUUUUGAUGGUGAAGAUGCCAUGACGACAGACUUGAGCUGUCCCUCGCUUGUCUCCAUGGUAACAUCAGAACCUUUCCAACUGUGAGAUACAGACGCAGGCAGGUUUCCAUAGAGAAGCACUGUCAGUCUGCUGGACGUCAGUCAUUCUGUCCCAAAGGAAGAGGGAUCACAUUCCCUCCCAAAGACCAGCACAGAAUCAUGCGAUACUGAGAGCAGCUGUGUGAAGGUACUUUAGAUGCCAUUAGCUGUGUAGGGUAGCGGUCUAGACUGAGGAAGAAUAAGCAUUAGACUGAAAGGGCUCGAGUCUCACACACCAACUGCAAAACAAAGCAGCCAAGCACUAAAGAUGCUUAUACAGCGACACUUGAAAUAAUUCCCUAUUUUCCUUUGUCUGUAAGAUGUUAAACUGGAUUUACUUGUGAUUUUUUUUUUUUUUUUUUAGAAUAAAAAUGUUUGUGCCAACACUGGAGGGAUUCUGACCAAUGAUUUAUAAAAUAAACUCCAUUCCAGUUUGAUAUACAUAGAAGUAUGUGUCCAUUAAGAUUGUCUUGUGCUUAAGCGUAAGGCCAAUUUGAGAUAUUUACUGAAUG